AUGACAGAACAUAAGGCACCAUUUAAAGUUAAAGCAAUAUUUGAGUAUAAAUCGGAUUACGAGGACGAUUUAUCAUUUCCUGUGGGGCAGUUGAUCACUGUGACAGAAGUCGAAGAUGAAGAAUGGUACUCUGGUACAUACGACGGGAAGAGCGGUAUGUUCCCUAAGAACUUUGUUGAGGUUGAUAAUAGCGAUUUAGGAGAUACAAAGCCUGAAAGUGGAAGUACUGGAGGAUCUGGGCCAUUGGAGGCGAAGGGAGCUAAUGCAAAGGAGCAACCCCUGGAUGAUUCAGCGGCUGUACAAGAUGAAGGAGUAGCAUCUUCUGGAAACACAAUGAAAUCUCCAGAUACCAAGAAGGAGAGUAUCCAGCAGGAAGCAUCCACUAAGAGUCCGCCUAAGCCAUCUAUGCCUGGCGUUUUUCCUAACCAAAAGAUCAACGAUCCAUACAGCAUCAAGAAACAGUUUUUGGCAUCGGGAAAGUCGUCGUAUGUUCCACCUGUCAAACCAAGAGACGAUUACAAUAUCAUUGGACACGCCCGCCACGAUGUUGUUAAUGAAGAUGAAAUUGUUAAGGGAACCACCGCCAGCAAGGGCGAAGAUGAGGCACCCGAAGAAGAAGAGCCAAAAGUCAGCUUGAAGGAGCGUAUAGCGCUAUUACAAAAACGCCAGCAAGAAGAAGCCGAGAGAGAAGCUGCCGCGGUGAAGAAGAAGGAAGAAAGAAAGCAAAAGGCAGCUGAAGAAAAAGAAAGAAUGAAACAGAAAAAAGAAGCUGAAGCACUGGCCCCAAUUCAUAUCCCAGAAACCCAAGAGCAACAUGAGACGAUUCCGAAAGAUCGCAGAAGGUCAAUUGAUAGUGUAGCAACUGGAGAUCGAAGGAAAUCAGUCGAUAGCAUACCGGGGAAACGUAAAUCUAUUGACAGCAUGGCCACAGGAGGAUCUUAUGCAGAAAGACAUCAUGAUACGGAGUAUAUCCCUGAUGUUGAAGAUCGAGAUAUCACUGCUCCUAUUCAUGAAUCUAACAUGGGUGAUGACUCCGAGGAAGGCUUAAGAACUGAAGUUCCAAGGGAGGAAGAUGCCGACGAAGAGGAUGAAGCAGAGGAAGAAUCUGAUGACGAGGAAUUGCGCAGAAAAAGACUUGUUGAGCGUAUGGCUAAAAUAUCCGGGGGUAGAAAUAUGUUCGGAAUGAUGGGUAUGGCAGCUCCUUUCGGGCAACCUGCGGCGGCGCCAUCCAAAAAGACCAAAGAGCCGGCUCAUGAUGGUAAGACAGGGUCCCAUGAGAUGCCAAGAUCAAAUGCUGAAAAUGAUCAUCCACUUCCCCAAGCUAUACCUAUUAUGCCGUUUGCAAACCCAGAGUCUUUACCUAAAAGCUUAAAUAAAGAAUCUGCAGUUGAUAGACCUAAGUCUGUUGGAUCUUAUGAUGAAGAAUUUGAUGAUGCGACUGAUAAACCGCAUCCUGUUUCGAAGCCAAGUAUUCCUGACUCAUCGUCAAUGUUAGAGGAAGAUGAUUUUACCGAAUCUGAUAGUAGAUUUCCAGAAAGUGGGCAAGCGCAAAUACAUCCAGAAACAGUCAAUGCACUUCCGCCUCUUGUACCUGCACCAAAUGUCUCUGGAUUAGAUAACGGAACUGAUGAUACAUUUGAGACUGACAGAAAGAAUUUCCUGCCGGAAGAGGAUAUCAAAUUGUCGAAAUCAACUUUAGAGGCGGAACCAACUGGCUAUGAAGCGGAUGAGGACUUAUCUGACAAACCUAAGGUACAAUCAGAUGAAAUUGCUUCUGUGAGAAGAAGUCAUACUGGUAAGUUGGAUGAUGCUACAUCUAAUCCAAAAAGCGCCCCACCACCUCCAAUUCCAACGUCCACUCCAUUGGAAAGAGCAGACCCAGUUCCAACAAUGCCAUCAUCACGCCCUAGUCAAACGUUUGAGGAACCUCCUCAGGUUCCAUCUUCACAUCCUUCCGAGAGUUCAAUCCCGCCUCCAUCUGGGCAUCCAUCUGGAAGACCAGCACCACCUCCUAUACCUACUACUGGUGUGGAAAGAUCUACCGCACCACCAGUACCAUCAUCACCCCAAAGAUCGGCGCCACCUCCAAUUCCUUCAUCACCUCAAAGAACAGCACCACCGCCAAUUCCUUCAUCACCCCAAAGAGCUCCACCACCGCCAAUUCCAUCUACUGGAGGCAUUCCACUUCCAGGAAGUAAAGAUAUAUCGUCCGGUGGUCAUUCAAUACCUGAAGAUGAUGAAGACAAUGAAGUCUCACCAGCGGAUGAGCAGUUUAAUGUUGAUGACUACAACUAUGAUGAUGAGGAAAAUGAGUUUUCCUUCAACCAGAAAAACCCUGUUAGAUCAUCUACAAUGCCAGAUAUUCCUCCUCCUAUCCCAAAUACUCAUCCUAGCUUCAACCCUCCACCAAUACCAUCAGUCGAUACCUCGCGUGGUCCGCAUCGCGCAAGUACAGAUAUAGGAGAUGCGUAUGUUGUGUCCCCGGCACCACUAACUAAGACUCCGACGAGUUCAUCAUUUGGACCCUCUCAUCAACGUCAUUCAAGUGACUUAUCUAAUACAGGUGGUCUAAACAGAUCAAGAUCAGCUAAAUCGCAUCAAGAGCAAACUCAAGCAGAAGCAGCUUGUAGUGAAUUGGAAUAUGAGAUUGGUAACAUCAAUGGUAAUUCGAAUUGGUGGUUGAAGGGAAACUUGCCGGAAUCAUUAGAGUCUAAGAUUGGAAGCGAGUUGAUCUACGAAAUUGACUCUAACUCGAUUACUAAAAGAGGGAAUAGGGUAAUUAAUUACCGUGAUUAUUAUAUUUUAUUUAAUGAUCUUUCGCAACUAGUUUUUGAGCUAGAAUAUGAAAGCGAGGACCCUAGAUCUACUAUAAAAUUGAUUAACCAUUUCACUAAGCCAAUACCAAUUAUCAGAAAAGAUUUAUUAGAUAAGUCGUACGGUGAGUUCGGGAAUAAGAUAACUUCGAUUACAAGCUCAUUGGUUGGAACUAGAUUAAAUGAAAGUAUUGUCAGAAAGGUGUUUUCUUCUCUCAUAAAACAUGAUGCUAACGUUUUAUCACCAAUUGGGAAUAAGACAUAUGGUGUAACUAUUUACAGGAAUAAUAGUAAUCACAAUAUCGCUAGAAUUGAAGAAAUUAGACCAGGUGAUAUAUUAUGUAUCAAGCAAGGUAAGUUCAGUGUUCAUAAAGGAUUGACAGGCAACAAAUCAAUCACAGUUGGAGAGGGAGAAGUAUUUUCUGCGAUAGUUACUGACUAUGACCCUAAGAAGGAUAAAUUCAAGGUCAUAGAACUGGACAAUGCUGGUCACAUCAAGAAAGAAACUUAUAAAAUGAGCGAGAUGAAGAGUGGCAGAGUUAGGGUAUUCAGAGUGGUUGGAAGAAAUUACAUUGAAUGGUAA